AUGAUAUUAAUUCACGAAACAAAUGCUGAUUGGUGGAAUGUCAGAAAAGCAAAUGGACAAGAUGGUUUUGUUCCUGCAAAUUAUGUUAAAUUAGUUGAGCCAAAAAUAGUAAGAAAAGUUGUAAAACAACCAGUAAAAGUUCCUGAGAAACAACGAGUUAAGAAGACUGUAUUAAAAAAGAAAGUCAUUAAGAGGAAAAAAGAUAAAUCUCCUGAGAUAAAAAGGACAUUAUCUAGAUCAUCUAGUAAACCCGAAGAAGGAGAAAAUGUAAAAGAACGUCAGAAUGUAAUCAAUGUAGCUUAUGAACAUCUUGUUAAAUUGUCACAGGAGAGACGUUUAUAUUUAGAAGAUGCAAUAUGUCUUUUUGGUUUCUAUAGAGAAUGUGAUGAUUUUGAAGCUUGGAUGAAAGAUAAGGAAAAAAUGUUAACUACAGAAGAUCCUAAUGAUAGUGUAGAAGUCAUGAAGAAAAAGUUUGAGGUUUGUCUGUAUUUAAGUUUAUUCUUUGUUCUUGCUGACAGUUAACAUAUACCAAUAUGUUUAUUUAAAAUUAUACAUUACAUAGUACAAGUAUUUCUUGCUUACACACAGUGGCGUGCUGUUUAGGGAAGCUGUGGAAGUGCUGCUUCCCUUGUAUUUUCUAAAACAUAAAUACAUAUUGUGUGAAUAUUUUGAUAUUUUAACACACUUUAAAUUACUUAAAAUUAAUAUUUUAUUAUAACCACAUUAUGUAUUUUAUUACAAAUUUCUAUACCUGUGAAAAACAAUGAUAAGAUUGCUAUUGUAUAUUUGAAUAUGAAUUCACAUAUGUAUAUUUGCAAUGGAAGCGCUGUAUUGUCGAAUACGGAAUGGCUUCCACAGCGAAAAUAUUUGAAUGGUGUAAAGCAUCCAGAUUAUAUGCAUUUGCACAUGCGCUUUA